AUGGCAUAUAAUGGUACUUGGAAAAUAGACAGAAAUGAAAACUAUGAAAAGUUCAUGGAGGAGAUGGGUGUUAACAUAAUGAAAAGAAAGUUAGGAGCCCAUGAUAAUCUGAAGAUCACUAUUCAACAAGAUGGAAACAAAUUUACUAUCAAAGAAUCAAGCAACUUCCGUACUAUAGAUAUUGAAUUCACUCUGGGAGUCAAUUUUGAGUACAGUCUGGCUGAUGGGACUGAACUUACUGGCUCUUGGAACAUGGAAGGAAACAAACUUGUAGGAAUAUUUACUAGAAAAGAUAAUGGAAAAGAACUCAGAGCAUGCAGAGAAAUCGUAGGUGAUGAACUUGUUCAGACCUACCUAUAUGAAGGAGUUGAAGCCAAAAGAAUCUUCAAAAGGGGCUAA